AAAAUAAGCAUCCAGUAGUAAAUUAGCGAUCGCUCAUACAACAUGCAAAGAUUAUUGAUCUGCUUGAUCGUUUCUACGUGCCUGUGUGUCAGCACCAGGGCAACGAAUGGUGUAAAGGGUGGACAUCGAUCGCGUUAUCCGACAAACGGAAAUUAUCACGGUAGCACCAACUCCUCGCAAAAUGGUCUUUGUUAUAAAACGGUGCCAUAUAGUCAUGUUUUGACUUUGAACGUUAGUGGAUCGCCUUAUAAUACUAUCCCUCAACCACCAGAAGGUCAAUCUCACACUGGUGGUUGGAUUACUAUAUUGGACUGUUGCGAAGGCUACGAGCGCAAUGUGACGAACGGCUUGUGCGAACCGCAUUGCGAUCGCGGCUGUUUCGGCGGUCGCUGUACAGGACCGAAUAUCUGCAGCUGUCAAUCGGGAUGGCGUCCCGAAGAUGGUGUCUGCAUGCCUGUCUGUACAUAUCAGUGCCAGGAAAAUGCCUAUUGCUUCUCACCGGAGGUGUGCGUGUGCAAAUUGGGCUAUGACGAGGUAAACGGUCAAUGUAAGCCAAUCUGUCCUGACGGAUGCAGAAACGGCGAAUGCGUGGCGCCGCGAAUUUGCCAAUGCAAGCCAGGAUAUGUUCUAAAUGAACGCAAGGAAUGCGUAGCCGCUUGCGAGGGAGGCUGCGUGCACGGUAUGUGUACGCAGCCGGGUGUAUGCACCUGUCACGAAGGAUACACUAAUCCUCAUGGCGAUCGCGAAUCUUGCAUCCCUCACUGCCCAAACAACUGCGACGGCACUAGCGGCGAAUGUAUCGCGCCCAACAUUUGUAGAUGCAAACACGGUUUCACGCACGAUAGCACCGGCGGUUGCGUGCCGGACUGUCCGGGUGGAUGCGACGGCGGCGAAUGUAUCGCGCCGAACUUUUGCAGAUGCAGAUCCGGAUAUACACGGGAUCGUUACAGCGGCCGAUGCAUCCCGACUAGCCCUGGCUCAUCGCAGUGCGGAUACGGCUAUAUCGUCGAUCCCGACACCGGUAGAUGCGUCCCCGCACCGACAUCUGUGCCCCCGUCACAUUCCGGUGACUGUAGAUAUGAUUGCGGUCCGCACGGCACUUGCAUUGGGCAUAAUCGAUGCGCCUGUCAAUCGGGAUUCGCGAACGAUCCCGAUACCGGUAGAUGCGUUCCCCUGACCUCCUCCUCCAACGCGACCAGUUCACUAUGCAGAUACGGUUGCGGUCCAAACGCACGAUGCGUCGCCUCGAAUAUAUGCGUCUGCGAUUCGGGAUUCCGUCUCAAUCCUGAUACGGGUAGAUGCGUCCAAUAUGAGGGGGAUGAUACAGGCGCGAGCGCAUGCCGCCGUCCGUGCUUGAAUGGUCAAUGCACGGGGCCGGAUCAGUGCACCUGCAAUCAGGGAUACACAUACGAUACUCGUGAUGUCACACGUUCAAGAUGCAUACCGGUAUGCGUGGGCGGAUGCCCGAACGGUACGUGCUCUUUGCCAAAUUUUUGUAUUUGCAAUCCCGGAUAUCGGAAAGAAAGCGGUGUUAAAGGUCGACAAAGAUGUGUUCCGCAAGAAUAAACGUUGUUUCCGAGAUGUACGGAAAAACUGAUGACACAAAGCGUCUUAAUACAUAGAUUAGUUUGAUAAAGCGAGCAUAUACAUUCAUUCUCGAAUGAUAUCAAAUGGAUUGUAUAAACGGGGCAGAUUCGCGAGAUUCAUAAUAAAGUACACAUACAGAUUCAGAAAACAUA